AUGGAGACCUCAAUGAUUUCUAUCGGCACACACCGGCUCUUCUACACAACCAGUGGUACCCCGCGAGGCCCCGAUGAUCCUCUAGUGGUAAUCAUCCCAGGAUCAGGCGAUGUCGCCUCCAGCUACGCAGCUCUAGAACCCCUAGUAUCCCAAUUCGCCCAAAUACUCCUAUACGACCGCUCAGGUCUAGGAAAAAGCGAAAGCGGACCGAAUCGCAUCUCGGCAGUUGCAUCCGCAAUAGAAUUACACAGCCUUCUCCAAGCAACUCAACAGCAAGGUCCAAUAAUCUUAGCCGCCCAUUCCUACGGUGGUCUUGUCGCAAGAGAAUAUCUACAUCUCCACCCAGAAAGGGUCUGUGGAAUGGUUCUCUUCGAAACCGCAACCGAGAACAACCUCGAUUUCUUCCAAGUCCCGGAUCCGAAUAUUGCUGCCGUAGUAGGUGACCUCAAGGUAUCCCAGAUUACAGGCUUGCGAGCAGACUCAGUUCUAACCCGAGAUCAAUGGCGGCAAAGGGCUAUGGAAAUGGCUCGUGGUGCUGUUGCCGGAGAGGCAGAAGCAAAUUCUGCUGUUGAAGUUUGCCAGACUCUUGGCGAGAAGAAGCAGUUUGAACGACAGGCUUUGGGCGAUAAGCCUUUGAGCGUGAUACUUUGCAAAAGUGUGACGGAGUAUGAGCGGAUCUUUGAGAAGGGCGUCGAAGCGGGUAAUGGGACGACAGCGCAGCAGAGGACGUUUCGGAAAUUGUUGGAUGGGUGGGAGGUAGCUGCGAGGACGCUAAGUGAGGAACAGUUGCGGCUUUCUUCGAGAACUCAUUUUGUUUAUUUGCCAGACUGUGGGCAUAACGUUCAUCUUAUCAGACCUGAUGUUGUGGCUGAGGAGAUUCAGUGGGUGCUUGAUAUGGUACGGGGCAGAGAUGUUCAGAAGCUUUAA